AUGGCGUCGUUUUCGCAUGCGAGCCGUCAUCUGCUAGCUGCCAUCUUCGCGGCGUGCCUCAUUAGCACCCUCUGCCUCCAUGUGGACUCUCUGCGCCUUCCGCUCUCCACCAAGAUCAACAGCGACGACCAGAUGGUUCUGGAGGAUUUGGUGGGCGCGUGGGGCGACUUCACGGGAUCUGACACGUGGAAGGAAUCUGACAAGAAGUGCGACCACUACGUGGGCAUCAAGUGCGCCGACAACGGCCAUGUCAUCAACAUGACGAUUGCGGACGCGGGCGCGUCGGGAGCCAUUGGCGUGCUGACGAAGCUGCAGAGCCUCAAGUACCUUGACCUCUCUGGCAACGACAUCACCGGUUCCGCCGCCUCGCUCUCCAAAAUUACUGCUCUCUCUUACAUAGACGUGUCGGGCAACAGCAACCUGAACACGGGGUUCUCGUCACUCACCAACCUCAAGCAGCUCAAACACCUGGACAUCGCCGACACUGGCUACGAAGGCUUUAUCUCCACCUUCGUCUCCAAGCUCACAGACCUCACCCACCUCGACAUGAGCUCCAACUUCCUCACCGGAUCCAUCCCCAACUACAUCAGCACUCUCAAGAAGCUCGUGUACCUUGGGCUGUCAGCAUCGGGAGAGGACGGGCUCAAGGGGACUCUGCCCUCCGGCCUGGGGAAGCUCACCCGCCUCAACGAGCUCUACCUGCAUCGCAACGGCUUGAGCGGGCCUGUGAGCGUGCUCAGCUCCCUCACCAAACUCAACCGCCUGCUGCUGGGCGACAACAACUUCAACGACUCCUUCCCUCAGGGCUUCUCCAAUCUCAAGAGCCUCAACUACCUGAGCAUGCGCUACAACGCAUUCGGAGGGCGUGUCCCCAACGUCAUCAGCACUCUCAAAAAGCUCACUUACCUCUCGCUAUACAACAACCAGUUCAAGGGCAUUAUUCCCCGCACCAUCACCUCGCUCACCAAGCUCAGCAACCUCCUUCUGCAGGACAACUUCUUUGAUGGCUACGUGCCCUCGUUCUCAUCCCUCAAGAAGCUCACUGAAGUGGACCUGAGUGCCAACUACUUCACUGGGCCUCCUCCCAGCUUCUACAAGGCCCCUACCACGCUCAACCUCGAUGACAACUACUUCUUUGGUUCUUCCCUGCCCAAAGACAAGAACGGUGACACCAUCUGCGCGGCAUCUCUGGCCAAGAACUGCCUCACCAUUCCUUCCUCGUACAGCUGCGGCACCAAGCCAUCGCAAAGGACUGCUGCUGUGUGCAACAAGUUCUGCGGCACUUCUGGGAACGUGCAGUGUGGUGGCGUUCGCAUUGGCAUCUGCUACCCGUCAGAUAAGGUUGUGGAGACCAGCGGAAGUACUAUCGAUCCUGGAUGCCUUUGUGCUGGUGGGUGGAAGCUGUCUGGUGAUAAGCAGAAGUGCACCAAGACGAAUGGCGACAAUGGGCAGUAG